UAUCCGUCAAAGCGCUGUUAGUCGGACUCAUUUGAUGUGGUGGACCGGCUUCCGGAAGCUGUCAGCUGUGGAAACACCUAAUCAACUGCAAUGAGUUUUGAGUGGCCGUGGCAGUACAAUUUUCCACCGUUUUUUACGUUACAGCCUAAUGUUGACACUAGACAGAAGCAGCUGGCAGCAUGGUGUUCCCUCGCCCUCACUUACUGCCGCCAUCACAAGCUCUACACCCUGGACAUCAUGGAAGCUCAGGAGAGCCCUGUCUUCAACAACAAGAAGAUAGAACGAAAACUGUCUAUGGAAGCAAUUCAAGUUGUAUUUGAGGAGCUACGGAAAAAAGGUAACCUGGAAUGGCUGGACAAAAACAAGUCCCGGUGUUUAGUCAUGUGGAGACGACCGGAGGAAUGGGGCAAGUUAAUAUACCAGUGGGUUUCCAGAAACGGGAUGGUCAACUCUGUGUUUACGCUGUAUGAAUUGUCCAAUGGUGAUGACGCAGAGAGUGAAGAAUUCCACGGCCUUGAAGAGUGGAUGCUUUUACGCUCACUGCAGGCUUUACAGUCGGACGGGAAAGCAGAGAUCAUCACCAUGGAUGAGGGGAAAGGGGUCAAAUUUUUCUAGAACGGUGCUGGAAACGCGCUUUAUCUGUCUCGUCCGAGUCCGCAAAUUUUUUUUAUGUUUGGGAGGUUAAGGCUACACGAGGUUGCACCUGAGUGCCCUGCCCAGCUGGUGGGGAUCCAGUUCAUGUUGUUGCCUUUUGGUUCGCUCGACCUCUUAACCUUUUUUUUAUUGAAGCAGAACCAAGACCAAUUUAUAAGGGUGAAAAAAAGACCAUCUGAGGUGACGCUUGUUGACAUUUAAGUCUAUCAGAGGACUAAGUACUAUUCUUUUGAAAAUUUUAGGGGGAAGUCUUUCCUCUCUAGCUGUAACGUUGCUCAUGAACCAAGCAUGUUAAAGUACGCAACAUCACAAGGACUGUUCAUUGUUUAUCAUGUUGAGAAUAUAUGCUUCCGGAAGCAGGACACCCCAGAGACUUGAAUUACCAAUUAUGACUCGCAUUAAGUGUAACGAAAUUGGAUCUUCAUAUUGAAAUCACUGUCAUUAAUUGAAUGUGCAGUAACUACUGUGACACUCCUCUCUUUGAAUUCAACUUUUUUCAUAUAAUGCAGAAAAAAUAAAUGUUUGUUUAAAAAAAAA